AUGCCUCCUUUCAAGCCUAGGGAUCGCAAGCAAAGGGCCAGGCGACAAGAUGGAAAGUCCACUGCCGCGCCGGUCGACACCAAUGUCACUGAGAUCAUUCCUGUCUCCAAAGCGGAGAAAGAAGCGAAACGGCAGCAGUUGAGGGAACAGUUGAGGGAGCAGCAGCCAAAGAUGUCGUCGAAAAAGAAGAAGCGUCUUGACAAGUAUAUUGACACCAAAUUGAGAAAAGACGAAAAUUUGGAGUUCAUGAAAAAGCUUGCGGAGACGAAGCUCGACCUUUCCGAAUUUCGAAGCAUCAAAGACAUGAGUAAGAAGGAGCGAAAACGACAAGGGAACGUCGAUAGCACAUUACAAUCGUUGCAAGCGGGACUAUCGGGCGAUGAGUCGGACGAAUUAGAAGCUGGAUUGAGUGAAAAGAAUGCUUCGGCACCGGAUAUCCCAAAACCUGCUCCUCAGGUCCAAGUCGGAAGCGGUCUAAAAAGGCCACUUGAUCUUGGUGCGGAUGGAUUUCCGAUCCUCAAGAAGCGCAAAAGGACCAAAAAAGCCCAGCCUGUUGUUCAGGAGGUUACUUGGGAAGGGUUCGAUUCGGGCGAAGAAGAGGCUGAUGAUAUGAAGGAUGAUGACGUUUCGGAUGUUGAUGAAGUAUCGGAUUCGGAAGGACGCAAAAGGAAUAAAUUGGAUGAGAAUGAGAAUGAGAAUGAGAAUGAUUCAUCGCAUGGUGAAGAUAAGGAAACGAGUGAUGCAAGUGACGAUGAUGAAGAUGACAGCGACGAAGACGAUGAUGAUGAAGAAGAAACGGACAUACGAAUUCGACCGAGGAACUCUGCAUUCAAAUCCUGGGCCACGCAGCAAAUCAAUGAAGCUGUAGGCUUCAAGCCCAGUUCAGACCUGCCUCUUUCGGAACAAUUGCCUGCCUCUUCUGAAAUAUUCUUGAAAGCGGGCAAGCUACCGAGAAAUACAGUAUACGAGGAGGAGCCCUUGCCUCUAGAACUUCAAGUUACUACCGGAGACCCUAAUCGCAAAGCGUUCACCGUGAAUGUCGAGCGACGAGAAGAGAUUCAGGAAGCUCGUUUGAAGCUACCUGUGGUGGGCGAAGAACAAAAGAUCAUGGAGGCUAUAUACAACAACCCGUCCAUUGUGAUAUGGGGAGCUACUGGCAGUGGUAAGACAACACAAUUGCCACAAUUCCUUUUCGAGGCGGGAUACGGGCAUCCCGAUGGCCCAAAUCCCGGCAUGAUAGCUGUCACUCAGCCUCGUCGUGUUGCAGCAGUGAGCAUGUCGAAGCGUGUGGGAGAUGAACUUGGUCAGUGUUCAGACCGUGUAUCCUAUCAAAUCCGGUUCGAUACCAAUGUUUCCAGUAAUACUGCCAUCAAAUUCAUGACCGAUGGUAUUCUGCUACGAGAAAUUGCCAAAGACUUCUCACUAAGCAAGUACUCAAUUGUGAUUAUUGAUGAAGCGCACGAGCGUAGCGUCAAUACUGACAUAUUGAUUGGUAUGAUCAGUCGAAUCGUCGACCUCAGAGAAUCCAUGCGCAAGGAAGAUCCUUCAGUCAAACCGUUGAAAAUGGUCAUCAUGUCGGCCACGCUCCGCAUUUCUGACUUUACACAAAACCAGCACCUAUUCCGCCACGGAACUCCACCAUUAGUGCAAGCUGAAGGCCGACAAUACCCGGUUACUAUUCACUUUGCACGAAAAACUCGCCGAGAUUAUGUGGAAGAAGCGUUCCGCAAGGUAUCAAAGGGCCAUCGAAAACUUCCCCCCGGUGCGAUGCUUGUCUUUCUUACAGGACAGAAUGAAAUCAAGCAACUAUCAAAGCGGUUGAAGCAAGCUUUCAAACCUACACAGCGAGGUGAAACGGUUCAAGGAAAGCUCCAGCUAUCGGCCGCUGAUGCACCUCUGGAAACAGAAGACAUGGAACUAGGCGACACCGGAGCUGGACCACAAGGAGGUGACGACAGCGAUGUCGAUAUUAUCGGGCUGGAUGAUGACGAGGACAGUGAAGAUGAAGAUUUUGACAUUGGCGAAGAAAGUGUCUCGUCUUCCACCAAAGUGCAUGUACUACCAUUGUACUCACAAUUACCGACCAAAGAGCAAUUAAAGGUCUUCGAAACACCUCCAGAAGGCUCACGACUCAUUGUGCUAGCGACAAACGUUGCCGAAACCAGUUUGACGAUUCCUGGAAUUAAAUAUGUCUUCGACUGCGGGCGGUCGAAGGAGAAGCAGUAUGAUUUGAAUACUGGAGUUCAAACUUUCCAGAUCGGCUGGAUUAGUAAGGCCAGUGCCAGUCAGAGAGCUGGUCGUGCUGGACGUACUGGUCCCGGUCAUUGCUACAGGCUGUACUCCAGUGCGAUAUACGAAGCAGAUUUCGAGGAGUACACUGAACCGGAAAUUCUACGAACUCCCAUCGAAGGUGUAGUGCUCUCAAUGAAGAGCAUGGGUCUCCACAACGUGAUCAACUUUCCUUUCCCAACUCCACCCAGUCGUCAAGGUCUAGCGAAAGCAGAGAAACUUUUGAGAUACCUCGGCGCACUGAAAGCUGAUGGUCAGGUUACUGAGAUUGGAAGGAAAUUGUCGCUGUAUCCUCUAUCGCCCAGAUAUGGCAAAAUGCUACAGAUUGGUCAUCAGCAUGGUUGCAUGCCUUAUGUGAUUGCACUCGUAUCUGCACUGGCAGUUGGUGAUCUUUUCAUUCAAGAAAGCGAGCUUGACUUGACACUUGUGAAACAAAAUAAAGAUAUGGAAAAGAUAUACACGAAUGCGGACAGGUUGGAAGACACGCAACGCGAAAGCCGUCGUAAAGACUUCAACCGAGUACAGCGAUUGUUAAGCAAACACGACGACACCUCCGAUGCCUUGAAGUACCUUUCGGCUAUUUGCGCAUAUGCAUACUCGAGCGGCUCUCCCGAUGAGGAAGAGUCCUUCUGUGAGCAAAUGUUCCUCCGUGGAAAAGGUCUCAAAGAGGCAUCUCAGCUUCGAGGUCAACUCACCGAGAUUGUCCGCACCAACAAUCCAGGCCUCUUAGGACCAUACGAAGCUCGUCUCCCGGAACCAACAGCUAAGCAGGUGAAGGCUUUGAAGCAGAUCGUCACUGCCGGAUUUAUCGACAACAUCGCUAUUCGCGCGGAUACAUGUCCUGAUCCCCCGGAAAUGCCGCGAAAGCCACGACGUGCCAUCGACGUACCUUAUUAUACCCUCUUCAAAUCUCGAGAAGGUCGCGCCGCAGAAAUUUCUGAAAAAGCUGUAUACAUACAUCCUUCAUCAAUCCUCGCGCAGUUUACACCCAAGGAGAUGCCUCAAUACAUAGUCUACUCGCACCUCCAGCGAUCAACAGCUUCCCGUGUUCCGGUAUCAGCAGACGACAUUCCUAAAAUUCGAAUGUUUCCCUUGACUGCGCCAAGUGGUCCACAGAUAUCAGCCCUCGCGAAUGGGACACCGCUCCUUGAAUACGGUAAACCGAUUGGCAAAGUUGAGUCAUUGGGCGGGGUACCUGAGCGUCGUCAGUGUGUUGUCGUGCCUUCUCUUGUGGGUGAGGCCGGCACUACGGGAUGGCCUUUGCCUGCGAAGAAGGUUGUGCAGGUCAAGGAUUCAAAAGAGGGAUGGAUCGUGGAGAAGUUCUUAUAA